UCGUCAUACUUGACAAGAAAGUCCAAGGAAAAGCCAGUGACCCGUAAACUGUCGACGCGCUGCUUUUGUGCAAACAAGUUGUGAUUUUAACGAUGACUGCGCAGUGAGACCAACACGCGGUACCGCAGCACCUGUAGCCGUGUCCUUGAUUUAUUCCGUAAACAAGUUUUCACAAGUGAGUAACCCGAGCGCGAUGAGGAAGUGCCAGACUACACCGCCGUGAAUCCUGUGGAAAAAAGAAACGACAGAAUAUUUUUGAGAAGAGUGUUUUGAGGACGGACGCUUACGUGUGAAGAUUAUGGACGGAAAGUUCGUUUUUGUGCUGUUUGCUCUACAAAUUUGUGCAACGACCUUCACAUCGGCAAAGCCAUUACCAAGAUCCUUCAAUGACGUCACGCCCUCAACAACUACCCGUCACGUGUCAGACAAACCAAUCAACGGCGUCCAAACAGCCGGCUUGCCAAUCAGAGAUUCGUCUCCAUUGGCUACAACAGCUAAACUUGGCCAGACAACUCCCAUCGUACCUACAACUUCCGUUUCCGCUGGUUUCAGCAAUUCAGUUGGGCUUAAGACUAAACCGUACACUAGAUUAAAGCCUACUGCGCCAAUUUCUUCUACAAAGACUGACUCUAUCGUAGACACGGUGACCACGAUAAUUCCACGGAUUACGUCACCAAAGAGCAACUGCAGCAUGCGCAACACAACGGAAUGUAGAGGAGACACAGACAAACGCCCGGCUAGCUACGGAACAGUGCUGGCUGUGACUGCAGUAACCUCAUGCCUUGCUGGUAUCGUGUUAGGUACCGGGGUCUGGCAUAUCAGGCGCCGGGUAUUGCUCGCCAGACAAAGGAAAAGACUAGAAGAAAGAAGAAGCCAGAUCGUGUACAACAGUAACCCUGCUUACCAUAGGAGUUCCUUACACGAUAACGAUAAGCUGUACUCCACAAUAUUAAGUCUCAGUGACUAUUCCCCACCGAUUUCCAAACUGUCAAAUGAAAAGGACAAGAAAGAUGACGGAAAGAAAGUCACUACAAGUUUCAUAAAUCCGGUCGAAAUAAUGAGAAAAUUUGAUAAAAACUCUGACGCGAAAGGACGAGCUGGGAAUGCGCUAAAUGUUUUGAAGUUGUACAAGGAAGGUGCGAGAAACAGCAGUCAAACAACAGUCGUACAUACUUAGAUGAUGUUCACCUAGCGGAUUAUGUAUUGUUGAAGUAUUAUGCUUGCAGUUUUCUUUGCUUCAGAAGUUGGUGCAAUAUUUACGCUUACGGCGCAGCGGCAACAAAAUGAGAGUUUUUAACAAGAUGAAAAUUAAGUUUUUACGUUGUUGUUUAAG